AUGGACAAUUGUAGAGUCGAAAUCAUAGAAGCACCCGCGCCAGUGCUGAACGAGCCCGAGCCCAUGGAGGAGACGGCCAACAACUCCGACGUCGAAUACGUCGAUUUCUGCCAAGAAUACGUCCUCAACAUCGACUUAGAUAAUGAACGAUUAUCUGAUGAUGAAGUUCAAAAACUACUCUCAUCACUCAGUGGUGACUCCUCCGACGACAGAAGCAGCUCGUCCGAGGAUGCGGCGAACGACGCAGCCGAGACUUCGGAUGCGGCGAACGAAGAGGCCGAGACCGCAGAUGCGAUCCAAGCUGCGGAUCGCGCAAACCAUCGGGAGCUCAAUGGGCGGGACGCGGAUCGCUUGCGGCACGGGGGUCAGCGCAACGUCAAUGAUCCGGAGAAUGCGGUUUCCAGGACUACCGCUAAGGUCCCGCUAGUAAAAAGGUCAGGCCGUUACGAGCCGUUGCUUGAUGCAAACGGAAACGUUGAUGCAAAAGCAGCAGAAAACAAUUUUGUAGUGCGCGAGAUUUCGAAGAAAGGGGAAGGCACUAUUGUCGAGAAAGCUCCAUCCUUCAAUCCCCAAAAUGCACUAGCUUUGGCAUACCAGUCACAACUUAAAAAGUAUUGGGAUGAUUUGUGUGGAUUUCUUAAGAAAAACGCGGGCAAUUUCAAGAAACUCGAGCCUUAUUUUGUCAGUGACAAAUGUUGUAGAAACAAUUCUUUUCUAAAAGCUCUGGGCAGCGUCAUCGGCCCACGAUGCUUUGAAAUAUUGGACGAAUGCUACAUAAAUAAGUGGAAGGGGACCGAACUCAAAGAGAAGCUAAAGUCAUACUUAAAUGAACGCUACCCUGAUGAUUCUACCCUAAUCCAGCCAAGCCGCGAUGAUCGAACUAGAAAGGAGGAUGUGCAUGGCAAAUUCGGGGACAACGCCGACGACAAUGCCACCGCCGCUGGUACUGCCGACGCGUCGCAGGGAUGGCAUCAUGUAAGUCAAGCUCACGGGGAGUUGAGUAAAGAAGGCUCAACGAAAGUGGAUGCGACUGUAUCCUGGCGACGUAAACUCCGACGUGCAUCCGUCAAGGUCCGGGUUGUUGCUCGAUUUCGGCUCGCCCCGGGCGAGCGUAUUCCUGACCGCUUGGAAGAUAUCCCUCCGUGGAUAAAAAAACGUAGCGACCGUCAAGAGAUCUCCGAAAUUCAGCAGUCAUCAUUACAAAAAAUUGAUGCUCUCGAGGACUCUGAAAAAAUGGGUCAUCUUUGGAACUGUGGUCGCGAGAUUGGAGAAAGUGAUUUGUCAGAGCACCCUUGCAAAGAUUUGAUCGUUGAUUCUCUGGGCAAUCUCAGGCUAUUGAAAGCGCGUGUUUCAUUGAGUUCUCAAACCGAUGAUACUGAUGAAGAUGAGUCUAAGCAUAUCGGUCGCAUCAUUCAGGAUUUAAAUUUUCUCAAGAACUUCAUCCUUCAAUUUGAAGAGGUAUACAUCAAAACUAGAGGUGAACUCAAGCGCCAGCACCUCAUUUUCAAGGAAACUCGUAAGUGGCAAACGCUAAGCGAGCGGGGGGAGAAACGCAACUUGAAGGAAACCGCUGAAGAUGGUGCAUCCAAGAAGCUUAAAGUUACUGAACUACCCUCGAGGAUUAUUCCCUGA